AUGGUUCAUACAUUAAAGGAGUUGACACUACAACAAUGUUCUGAAUUGGGAGAGGGCCUCAAUACUUAUGGUGAACCGAAAAUACUCAAAUGUGGAUUCACUCACGUAGAAGCCAGAAUACUUGGCACUCAAGGAUACUAUAGAGUUACAAUUUCAGUAAUAAAUGGUAGAGUCGUAACUGAUUGUACUUGUGAUAUGGGAGGUAGCUGUAAACACGUUCGUGAAACUGGUAAAGCUAUGUAUCACAGACUUCGUACGAUGAAUAUAAAUCAACUGACGCCCCAAAGGCAAUAUAAAGAAUCACUUUUACAGAAAUCACGUGAUGAACUUGUAGAUUUAUUGAUGGAGAAAUGGAGAGAAGAAAACGAUGAAGACGAGGAAGAAGAAGAAGAAGAAGAAGAAGAUAGUGUCGAAGACUAUGAAUACUAUCAUGAUGAAGACGAAGAGCAACAAAAUAAUAAAAGACAGAGAUACUAA